AGUUGUGGACAGAGUUUAGAAGCUGCUGAAGGACUGCAGACAUUCACAGGAAGCUGGACCAGCAAUGGCUCUGCUCAAGGUUCUGCUGGUACUGCUGCUGGGCGUUUCAGUGAACUCUCUGCAGAAGAGAAUCAUUGGAGGUCAUAACUGUGAUAACCAGCAGCGUCUUCAUUAUGUUCGAGUUAUAGGCAACAAGGGUAAAGAACGGACCUUGUGUGGAGGAUCUCUGAUCCAUCCUGAGUGGAUUCUGACUUCAGCUCACUGCUGCAAGUCAGAGCCAGGCUGGAGAUUCACAGCAAUGUUGAAAGUUCAUCCACUGACUGCUAACCAGCAGAACUUGGUAAUCCGACAGGAUUCUGUGAUUUAUACUGACCAGGGGCAGGAGCAUGACAUCGUACUGCUGAAGCUUCCGACACCAGUAACAGACGUCCCACCUGCUCAGUUACCAAAUUGCAACAAUCGUCUUAAAAUAGACAAUACUGUUCAGCUGGCUGGAGAAGGACCAACAGCAACCGGCCCCAAUAACAGGCGAUUAACCAAUGCUCCUAUGCCAUUACGUCUUCAGUGUGUUGACAUGAAAGUUGUUGCCGUUUCCAAGUUCCUCGAGAAACGUGUGCACUUAUUCCUUACUGCAGCACCGAACAAGGAUUCAUGCUAUGGCGACUCUGGUGCAGCAGUGUUGUUCAACGACAUGAUUUACGGUUUGAUUUCUGGAUGUGGAACAGACUAUGCAUUUCAGACGCCAGUUGUAAACAUUGAUGUCUGUGUGUACAUAGACUGGAUUAAAGAAACAACUGGGCUUAAAUAAAACAUAAACUGUCUUGAAAUAAAUUUCUCACCAAAUUUCCUCUCAUAUCAUCAGUUUGUUCCACAAGCUGAUGAAUGAAUUAAGCGUUAGGAUGAAUUAAUAGUUCUGUUUCUUCUCAUUUGAUCUUGACCUCCCUAAUGGAGCUUUCUCUGCCUCUGAAAUGAAAACUAAAUCAAUAAAUGACUGAAAAAGAA